AUGUAUGAAGAUAUGAAUACUUUAUAUUUAGGUGCAAUGACCCAAUACAUGCCUAUAGAAAUUUUAGGUAAAGUAGCAUCAGAGAAAAUAUCAGAUAUCCAAAGCAUAGUGCUAGAUGCAGAAAUAAGUUAUACACUAGAAGUUGAUCUAGAAGCCCAGUGUACUUGCACGAUUUCUUUACAGAUUAUCUGUUAUUCACUAUCGAGCUCUUCAGACAUAUAUGAAGUUCAGGAUGAAGGAGACUUGUUUCUAAUGAAGGAUAAGACAAAAGGAGAUCCAAUAGGUGAAUCAGUAUGCUUAAAGCCAAAAAUGUAUUCAGUCCUUCCAGCAGGCUAUGAUCCUAAAACUUCUGAUGAUCCAGAUUCUGAAGACUCUAAAAAGAAGCAUAGUAUUCAAAAGGCAAAGGGUAUAAAGAAAUGCGUAGUCAAAAGGGAGCUUCUACAUGAUAAGUUCCUAGAAUGUCUUAGAAACAAGAAACUAACCUGGCAUGAUAUGUAUGGUCUACGCAGUUAUGAUCAUCAAAUAUAUCUGAAGAGG